UCCCGUUCACCAUUUUUGGGCAUUGGCCCGCCUUUUUGUCGAUGCGGCCAAAAUAAAACAAGAGUGUAUGAAGCCGACUGCUCUGACCCAGCGUGUGUGUGGCAGAGUGUGUGCCUGAAUGGGUGGGUGUGCCGACAGCAGCUGACAGAGGUGAUUUCAUCUGAUUCUUCAGUUUUAAAAGAUAAAAACGUUUCAGAAUCCGGAUAUUCACAAAGAACAGCGAUGCCCUGUGUACAAGCCCAGUAUGCAUCUCUGCCCUAUGACAACUUCUUCAGCUCUGAGCUCUUAAAUCCUGACCUCAGUGCCAAACUGGCGAUGGAAAUCUCUGGCCAAAAGGACCAGCUGUCAUCAUCCUCACUGCCUAGCAUCAACACUUUGAUGGGAAAUGGUUACAUUGGGGAGUUUGAUGCUUACUCCUGCAAGGUUACCACUUCCCCUCCUGCCUCUGCAGCUUCAUACAGCCAUGCUGCUGCAGCUGAAAGCCCCAACCCACAGAUGCAGAACCAAGCCUUCAAGCUGGAUGAUCUUCAAGUGUAUGGCUGCUACCCAGGAUCCUUUUCUCUCAGCUGUCUCGAAGAAACACACUCAUCGUGUGGAUCCGAUUAUUAUGGAAGUCCCAUCUAUGGCGCUGGUUCUCCUCCAACACCAGGCUUUCAGACCGAGUCUGCAGCUGUCUGGGAUUCCCCUUUCAGCCCCUUCCCCCCAGCACUCCCCUCCUCUGUUGGGAAGGCCGCCAUGGCGCAGCAGUUUUCAUUUUUUACCUUCAGCAAUGCACAGGAGCAGCACUCUCCUUUGGGUCAACAUCAGGAUCCACCAUCCUGUCAGGAAGAUGGCUUCUUUCAUCUCUCACAACAUCAGCAUGUCUCCCCACUUCACUGCCCCCCCCUGUCCCUGGACCAUGGACGGCUGGAGAGCCCGAGAGCGCUGGAGGAGGCUAUGAUGUCUCAGAAAACCCCCAGCCUUGGAUCCAGUGAGGGUCGCUGUGCAGUUUGUGGUGACAACGCGUCUUGCCAGCACUAUGGAGUUCGUACCUGUGAGGGAUGCAAAGGUUUCUUCAAGCGAACUGUGCAGAAAAAUGCAAAGUAUGUGUGCCUCGCCAAUAAAGACUGCCCGGUGGAUAAGAGGAGGAGAAACCGAUGCCAGUUCUGCCGUUUCCAGAAGUGUCUUGCAGUUGGAAUGGUCAAAGAAGUUGUUCGCACAGACAGCCUCAAAGGUCGCAGGGGUCGCCUACCGUCUAAACCCAAGACCACGGUUGAGACUUCGACAACGACUCCCAGCGUGAACCUCAUCGCUUCUCUCAUCAGGGCUCAUUUGGACUCUGACCCGGGCAUCGAAAAGCUCGACUACUCCAAGUAUCAGGAGAGGUCAGACGGUCUGAAAGAAAAGGAGGACGCCGGCGACAUCCAGCAGUUCUACGACCUGCUGACCGGUGCCUUGGAUGUCAUAAGAAACUGGGCUCAGACCAUCCCAGGUUUCACGGACUUCUGUGCCGAGGACCAGGAGCUUCUUCUCGAGUCUGCCUUUGUGGAGCUCUUUAUUCUUCGUGUUGCGUACAGGUCGAAACCAGAGAAGAACAAGCUGAUCUUCUGCAACGGCCUGGUCCUCCACCGGCAGCAGUGCGCCAACAGCUUUGGUGGCUGGAUCGACUCCAUCAUGGAUUUCUCACAGAGCCUUCAUCGCAUGAACUUAGACAUCUCUCUGUUCGCCUGUCUUUCGGCAUUUGUCAUCAUCACCGAUCGCCAUGGCCUGAAGGAGCCCAAAAGAGUAGAGGACUUUCAGAGCAACCUCAUCAGCUGCUUAAGGGAACACAUGAGUGGAAUUGGAUCAGAAGUGACACGGACGCAACCCAACUACCUGUCUCGUCUGCUGGGCAAGCUCCCAGAGCUGAGGACUCUGUGCACUCAGGGCCGGCAGCGCAUCUUUUACUUGAAACUGGAAGACUUGGUUCCUCCUCCUCCGAUUGUGGAAAAAAUCUUUAUGGAUACACUUCCUUUUUAAAAUAAAAACUGGGAUGUGUGUGACAAGGAGGCGAGAUGGCAGCAUUAAGAAGAACGGUUGUCCACAUCAGACACUGACUGGUGGGCUACCAUGCAUGAUAUUCUCUAAGAGACCAUCAUUUUUUUUACUAUUGCAUUUUGAAAGUGAAUAUGACACGUUUCAUGGCACUAUAAGGGAUCGACAUCAGUGCCGAGACUAUAUCAGUAUAUUUUUAGUAUGUUUUCUGUGAUUUGUAAAUUUACUUUGUUGCUACGGUAGACGUGUUAGCGUUAUUGUGUUCUGCAGCUUUUAAGACGGCAAUGCGGUGCUCCAGCGUACUCAGAAACACUAAUUUCUUAAGAGACUGCUUCACGAUCCCACUCUGAAACUUUAAAACUUUAGCUUUAGCACAGAUAUAUUUCCUUAUACAUUUCAUAAAUUAUAAUUCUUUUUGUGCUUUCUCGGAAGGUCUUGGACCAAAAUUGAGCAAAGUUUUUAUUUUGAUACAGUCAUAUAUGAACCUUCUCGCCUUAAGCUAAAUAAAAAGGUCUGUGCUGCCUUUUUGGAGCAGCUUGUUGGUAAACUCCUUCACAGUGGCUGCAACAUGUUUGUGCUUCAACAGUGAAACUAGAUGAUGUUCAGGAUAUAAAUACAAAGUGCCUUUAUAAGCCUUUAACCUCUAACUAACAUUAUGUGCCCCCCCUCGUUCACGACAGACAUAAAAUAAAAUGAGUAUUGUACAACACCCUCCACAAUUAUUGGCACCUUAAGAUCUGUAGAAAAGCCUGAAAUUAUCAUUGCAGUUUGUGACCUCAAGAUGCAUUUCUUUGUUAAGCUUCUUUAAGAUGAACACUCAUCUGUCUUUCUUGA